AUGGCUCCCCUGGCCCUGGUGGGGGUCGCGCUCCUCCUGGGGGCCCCCCCAUGCUGGGGGGCUGCCACCCCCACACCCUCCCUGCCGCCUCCACCAGCCAAUGACAGCGACAGCAGCUCCGAGGGCUGCCAAGGCUCCAACCGCUGCCAGCCGGGGGUGCUGCUGCCCGUGUGGGAGCCCGACGACCCGUCGCUGGGCGACAAGGCGGCUCGGGCUGUGGUCUACUUCGUAGCCAUGGUCUACAUGUUCCUGGGCGUGUCCAUCAUCGCCGACCGCUUCAUGGCAUCCAUCGAGGUCAUCACAUCCAAGGAGAAGGAGAUCACCAUCACCAAGGCCAACGGCGAAACCAGCGUGGGCACCGUACGCAUCUGGAACGAGACCGUGUCCAACCUGACGCUCAUGGCCCUGGGCUCCUCGGCGCCCGAGAUCCUGCUCUCCGUCAUCGAGGUGUGCGGGCACAAUUUCCAGGCGGGCGAGCUGGGCCCCGGCACCAUCGUGGGCAGCGCUGCCUUCAACAUGUUCGUGGUCAUCGCCGUGUGCAUCUACGUCAUCCCGGCCGGCGAGAGCCGCAAGAUCAAGCACCUGCGCGUCUUCUUCGUCACAGCCUCCUGGAGCAUCUUCGCCUACGUCUGGCUGUACCUCAUCCUCGCCGUCUUCUCGCCGGGGGUGGUCCAGGUGUGGGAGGCGCUGCUGACCCUGGUCUUCUUCCCGGUGUGCGUGGUGUUCGCCUGGAUGGCCGACAAGCGGCUGCUCUUCUACAAGUACGUGUACAAGCGCUACCGCACCGACCCGCGCAGCGGCAUCAUCAUCGGCGCCGAGGGCGACCCGCCCAAGAGCAUCGAGCUGGACGGCACGUUCGUGGGCGCCGAGGCGCCGGGCGAGCUGGGCGGCGCGGGCGCGGGCCCGGCCGAGGCGCGGGAGCUGGACGCCAGCCGCCGCGAGGUCAUCCAGAUCCUCAAGGACCUGAAGCAGAAGCACCCGGACAAGGAGCUGGAGCAGCUGGUGGGCAUCGCCAACUACUACGCGCUGCUGCACCAGCAGAAGAGCCGCGCCUUCUACCGCAUCCAGGCCACGCGGCUGAUGACCGGCGCGGGCAACGUGCUGCGGCGCCACGCGGCCGACGCCUCGCGCAGGGCGGCGCCGGCCGAGGGCGCGGCCGAGGACGAGGACGACGGCGCCAGCCGCAUCUUCUUCGAGCCCAGCCUCUACCACUGCCUGGAGAACUGUGGCUCGGUGCUGCUGUCCGUGGCGUGCCAGGGCGGCGAGGGCAACAGCACCUUCUACGUGGACUACCGCACGGAGGACGGCUCGGCCAAGGCGGGCUCCGACUACGAGUACAGUGAGGGCACGCUGGUGUUCAAGCCGGGCGAGACGCAGAAGGAGCUGCGCAUCGGCAUCAUCGACGACGACAUCUUCGAGGAGGACGAGCACUUCUUCGUGCGCCUGCUGAACCUGCGCGUGGGCGACGCGCAGGGCAUGUUCGAGCCCGACGGCGGCGGGCGGCCCAAGGGGCGGCUGGUGGCGCCGCUGCUGGCCACCGUCACCAUCCUGGACGACGACCACGCGGGCAUCUUCUCCUUCCAGGACCGCCUGCUGCACGUGAGCGAGUGCAUGGGCACCGUGGACGUGCGCGUCGUGCGCAGCUCGGGCGCGCGCGGCACCGUGCGCCUCCCCUACCGCACGGUGGACGGCACGGCGCGCGGCGGCGGCGUGCACUACGAGGACGCGUGCGGAGAGCUCGAGUUCGGCGACGACGAGACCAUGAAGACGCUCCAGGUGAAGAUCGUGGAUGACGAGGAGUAUGAGAAAAAGGACAACUUCUUCAUCGAGCUGGGCCAGCCCCAGUGGCUGAAGCGAGGGAUUUCAGCUCUGCUGCUCAAUCAAGGGGAUGGGGACAGGAAGCUGUCGGCUGAGGAGGAGGAGGCGCGGAGGAUCGCGGAGAUGGGCAAGCCCGUGCUCGGGGAGAACUGCCGGCUAGAGGUCAUCAUCGAGGAGUCCUACGACUUCAAGAACACGGUGGAUAAGCUCAUCAAGAAGACGAACUUGGCCUUGGUGAUUGGCACGCACUCGUGGAGGGAGCAGUUCUUAGAGGCAGUGACGGUGAGCGCAGGGGACGAGGAGGAGGAGGAGGACGGGAGCCGCGAGGAGCGGCUGCCCUCGUGCUUCGACUACGUGAUGCACUUCCUGACGGUCUUCUGGAAGGUGCUGUUCGCCUGCGUGCCGCCCACCGAGUACUGCCACGGCUGGGCCUGCUUCGGCGUGUGCAUCCUGGUCAUCGGGCUGCUCACGGCGCUCAUCGGCGACCUGGCCUCGCACUUCGGCUGCACCGUGGGCCUCAAGGACUCGGUCAACGCCGUGGUCUUCGUGGCCCUGGGCACCUCCAUCCCCGACACGUUCGCCAGCAAGGUGGCGGCGCUGCAGGACCAGUGCGCCGACGCGUCCAUCGGCAACGUGACGGGCUCCAACGCCGUGAACGUGUUCCUGGGCCUGGGCGUGGCCUGGUCGGUGGCCGCCGUGUACUGGGCGGUGCAGGGCCGGCCGUUCGAGGUGCGCACGGGCACGCUGGCCUUCUCCGUCACGCUCUUCACCGUCUUCGCCUUCGUGGGCAUCGGCGUGCUGCUGUACCGGCGCCGGCCGCACAUCGGCGGCGAGCUGGGCGGCCCGCGCGGGCCCAAGCUGGCCACCGCCGCGCUCUUCCUGGGGCUCUGGCUGCUCUACAUCGUCUUCGCCAGCCUCGAGGCCUACUGCCACAUCCGGGGCUUCUAG